ACAAGGAAUGGGAGGAAGACCCGAAUAGUUUCUUUCUUUCCCUACCAAAUUAUUUUUGCAGCUCAUUGUCAUUGAUAACCUUUCAUUUCAUGAUCACCUCAUCUCUCUGCUCGCUCUCUCUCUCUCUCUCUCUAUCUCUGUCACUAUCAUCAUCCCUCCAUAAAAAUUUGCAUAAUUUUCCUUGUGAUAAUAAAUCAUCCUUUUCUCUUCCAUCUUUUCGUCGCCCGUGGAAGCUUUCUGAUCCUUUUUUCCGGCCAUGGCGGAGGGUUUCGAGCAGUAUCACGUCCCCCAGCAGAGCCGCAGAGACAAGCUCCGGGUCGGCGCCGGCGCGGGCGCUGAGCCCACCUCGGCUAGCCUCCAUGGCUUGCUCCCCCACUACGACCCCUCCCUCCUGCCGUCCGACCUGCUGAGCUGUGCCGCCGCCACAUCCACCGACCACGGCUUCCACAGCCACCACCUCCACCCGCUGGCCACCGCAGAAGACGGCGGAGGCUGCAAGUCACACUCGGUUCACUCUCUGGUCAAGGAGGAAGGAGGCUGCCGGAGCUUGAUUCCUCCUUCCUCCUCCUCCUCUUCCAGCACACACCACCACCAGCUCUACGGCUUGGAUCCGCCGCCUCAGCUGGCCGUGAACCCUAGCUGCUCGGCCACGAUCCAUGACUUGGGCUCCAACAGCGCCUUCCUUUACGCGCCGCAAACCCUCCAAAACCUCCGGGACUUCGCUCACUCCUACAACAACACCCUCUCCCUCUCCUUGUCAUCCCACGACAACCACGCCGACAACAACCGCCCCAACGACAACCUCAGCCUACCCCUCGAGCUGAACCUCCAGAGGUACGGAUCCAACGCGGCCUCCGCCGGAGGGUACCUGAUCCCGGCGGCCGUCUCCGUCGGCGGCGGGCUGGCCUCCAACGAGGUGUCGAGGAGCUCGGUGCCACUCGGGCCUUUCACGGGCUACUCCUCGAUUUUGAAGGGGUCCAGGUUCCUGAGGCCAGCCCAGCAGCUGCUGGAGGAGCUCUGUGAUGUGGGUCGGACCGGGCCAGUCGAGAAGAUCGGCGAGGCGGACUCGAGCUUGGUGGUCGAUGCCUCGGCGCUCGAGGGUUAUCUGAGUGUCGAGGACAGUGGUAGUUCUCUCAGCAGCUGCGGAGGAGAUGCCGGUGACGUUCGGAGGAAGAAGUCGCGGCUCAUUUCGAUGCUCGAGGAGGUAUGUAGGAGGUAUAAACAGUACUAUCAACAAAUGCAAGAUGUGGUAGCGUCAUUCGAGUACGUGGCAGGAUUCGGUAAUGCAGCUCCUUAUGCAAACUUGGCCUUGAAAGCUAUGUCGAAGCACUUUAGGUGCUUGAAGAGUGCGAUCACUGACCAGCUACAGCUCAACAAGGAACAAGGAAACCCUGGAAGAGAUGAUGGCUACCCUAGGCUUGGAAGCAAGGAUGGGGUUUCCUAUGGCCAGAGACCACUCUCGAGCUCGGGAUACUUUGACCACCACCAGCCUGUCUGGCGGCCACAGAGGGGGCUACCUGAGCGUGCAGUGACUGUUCUAAGGGCAUGGUUAUUCGAGCAUUUUCUUCACCCUUAUCCUACUGAUACGGACAAGAUUAUGUUGGCCAAACAGACAGGUUUAUCUAGGAGCCAGGUCUCAAAUUGGUUUAUUAACGCAAGAGUGAGGCUUUGGAAACCGAUGGUUGAAGAAAUCCACAUGUUAGAGACUCAGCAAGCUCAGAAAGCUUCGAACUCGCAGAGGGAAGAUGGGAAUGCUGACAAUAACUCUUCAAGGCCAGUUGAUCACCAGUUACCUAUGGCUUCUGAAACUCCGUCGACUUCUUCUCAGAGGGUUCAUGAACCUCUGUCCAACAAGCGGACCCGAAGCGAUCUCCCGGAGUUUCCCAUGAGGAACGAUAGUGAAAGACCUCAUCAUCUCUCUUACGAUCCGUCUACCCACCCCCAUCAUGUUUCGGUUGGAGAAGGAAUCAGGGGUUUAAAUAAUAGUGUUUCCUUGACACUUGGCCUUCGCCAGAAUAAUAAUGGGAUGAGCUUACCGGAGGCCUUUCAGGUGAAUGCGGUUCAACGGUUCGGUCUUGGCCUAGAAGGGAGCAGUGAGGGUUUUGUGUUAAGUGGUUAUGAGGGUCAGGACCGGCAGUUUGGGAGGGAUGUUUAUGGAGGGCAGCUCUUGCAUGAUUUUGUCGGAUAAUCGGAAAGAUCUGGUUCUAGGAAUCGUCAUUUGGCAUCCCUUGUUUGGAUAUUAAGUAUACGCUGACUCGAUUUCAAGUAAAUCUAAGAUUCUAUCUUGAUCAGCUCCACAGCCCGGCAAAAUCAAGAAGGUUAAUCGAAGAAUUGGUUUUGAUGGAGAAUACUAAGGUUAUGGUGGGCUAUUUAAGGCUAAUCUCGAGCCGAUACGAUGGUUAGAAAAGGCAGCGUUUAUAUGUUUGUAUGGUUGAAACUUGAAAGGUUAAUGAUGUACGCGGCAAUGCCGAUAUAAUUAUUCUUCUUAGAACAAAAUUUGCUGUAUAGAGUGACAGACUUGUAUGUUAUCGAUCCAAAUGGACACGGAACACCGAUUAUCUCUUGAGCCAAAGAAGAAGUUGAACCAAUUUGUUCAAUGGGCAAAGUUUAUGGGCCA